GGCCCCGCUCCGCUCCGCGCCGAGCCGCGCCGUGCCGCUCGGCUCCGCUCCUCUCCGCGCCGCGCCGCGCCGUGCCGCGCCGCCGGGGGGCCGAGCGGCGUGUCCACCUGCCGGCCCCGCCGCCCGUCAGUCCCGCCAUGGCGCUCGGCGGGGUCGGUCGCGGCGGCGCGGCGCGGGCCGCCUGGCCGCGGCUGCUAGUGGCGGCGGCGGCGGCGGCGCUGGCGCUGGCGGGGCCGGCGCUGCCCGAGGUGCUGUUCCGCUGCCCGCCCUGCACGGCGGAGCGCCUGGCCGCCUGCCCCCCGGCCGCCCGCCCGCCCUGCCCCGAGCUGGUGCGGGAGCCGGGCUGCGGCUGCUGCCCGGUGUGCGCCCGCCUGGAGGCCGAGGCGUGCGGCGUCUACACGCCGCGCUGCGCCGCCGGCUUGCGCUGCUACCCCGACCCCGGCGCCGAGCUGCCCCUCCAAGCCCUGGUGCAGGGGCAGGGCACCUGCGCCCGCCGCCGCGACACGGUCGAGUACGGCGCCAGCGCCGAGCGCCCCGCAGAUAAUGGCGAUGACCGGUCCGAGAGCAUCCUUGCCGAGAACCACGUGGAUGGCACCACAGGGAUCCUGAGCGGAGCCGGCGGGAGGAAGCCCAUGAAGACGGGCAUGAAGGAGCUGGCGGUUAUGAGGGAGAAGGUGAACGAGCAGCAGCGUCAGAUGGGCAAAGUCGGCAAGCCUCAUCACAACCACGAGGACUCGAAGAAGUCGCGGCUGUCGGCGGGCAGGACCCCUUGUCAGCAGGAGCUGGAUCAGGUCCUGGAACGUAUCUCCACUAUGCGGCUGCCAGAUGAGCGAGGUCCCCUGGAACACCUCUACUCCCUCCACAUCCCCAACUGUGACAAGCAUGGCUUGUACAAUCUCAAACAGUGCAAGAUGUCAGUGAAUGGGCAGCGUGGCGAGUGCUGGUGCGUGGACCCCAUCCACGGGAAGGUGAUCCAGGGUGCACCCACCAUCCGUGGGGACCCUGAGUGCCACCUCUUCUACACAGCCCAUGAGCAGGAGGACCGGGGAGCACAUGCCCUGCGGAGCCAGUAGACGGACGUGAUCCUGCUCGCUGGAGGUGGCUUGCUGUGGCCCCAGUGCUGGAUUUUACAUGGGUUUCAGCGUGUCUCUUUAGGCUCUGGAAGAGACUGGGGUUGGGUCCUGUGUGCUGCCCUCCUUCCCCUGCUGCCCAGCUCCUGGGGAGGGGAGGGAUAAUGGGAGGGGAAGGGCGGUGGGGGGGUUGCAAGGAGAAGGGACUGCUUUCCUAUAGUCUUUCACCCAACGUAAGCCAGAGAACUGGUCUUUUUUGCUCCUCGCCCUGUGACCCUGCCCUCCCUGCUGCUUUGUGGCAUCUUCCUGCACCCUCCAGCACAGGGCGCCUUGUGCUCCCCAACACAUCCCAGGGGAUAAAACCCCUCGCCACGGGCGGGAGUGGUACAAAAAACAAAGGAAAACCCCACACUUUCCACCUCUUUCCCUCCCUUCCCCGAGACCAAAGACUGUAAAUACUGCGUCGCCUGCCUCUUGCGUCCUGCCUGUCCCCUGCGCCCCAGCCCGGCCAUCGGUCUUGGCCUGGGAUGUGGUGUGGGAGGGAGGGAAGGAGGAAAGCCCCUGGCUGCCCAGCUGGAACAUGCCACUGUGGUUGGGAUGCAUCCCCCAAGGAGGCAUCAGCGAGGGAAAGAGCUAAGGAUAAGACAGCCCGCCCCCAAACACCCCUGGGUGCUUCCCUUCCUGGCGCUGGGGCACAGCCAGCCCCACAGGGACCAGGCUCCAGCCGCUGGUCCAGGAGGACGGGGCCUUUGGGUGACAGCGAAGCUAAAUGCUUGAUUUUCCAGGGGAUUUGAAGGGCUAUUGCCCAGUAUUUCUUAGGAUCAGCUUAUGAUGAGGGAGCUAAAGUGAACUUGCUGGGGCUGGGUGGAAGGAUGCCUGUGUAGAUUUAGGAUAACAAGCCAGGGAAUGUCUGUCUCUUUCUCUCUCAUUCAGUCUUUCUAGAUAGGAAAAAAACCCAUCUAAAACCUGCACUCCCAAGCAGCUGCCCUUGUCCCUCCAUUUUUGCUUGGGACUGGAGUGAGCAUCUGCUAUUCAGCACACACUUUUUCUUUUUUUUUUUUUUUUUUUUGUAAGUAAAUUACAGUAUAUAUCUUGCUUUGUAAAGGCCCUGACACACAUGCACCCCUCUGCCCACGUACACAUUUGUAUAGAUUAAAUCCAAGCGAUUCCAGGCACUCUGAGAGGUUUUGCUCUGGACAUACUGCUCUGAGGAGAGAUGUGUCUCUGCUGUUAUUUCACCUGUUGAUUUCUUUCUGUACAGAACACACCGACGCUGAGAAUAAAUAACUUCCCCCGUCGCCUAAGCAAGGAGAUUUUAUUAUUUUCUUAUCUUUUUUAUUCUUUUUCUUUUUCCCCCUUUUUAAUAUGGGUACUAUUUGCAGAGCAAUUGCAAAAAAACCUCUCCUUACAGUAAAGUCUCUGGCUUUCCUUAAAUGAAAUCCAGGGGUGGGGGUGGUGGAAUAAAGCAUCUCCCCAUUUCUGGUAAAUGCUUCUGAGUAGCAAACAGCCUCCAGAUCCCAGGUCCUCUACGAGGUUAGGUUCAAUAGGGUGGAGGGAGGGGGUUCCUCGGUGAGCGUGGGUGCUAGCUGGGAGCUCCCUGUGCUUGCAUGGUGGGGACCAGGCAGCAAAGCUACCUGACCGUGACUGGGACCUGCAGCGAUGGGACCAGCCCCUGGUGACUGCCAGCACACCCCAGAAAUACCAAAUGGUGCUGGAGAAACACCACAUUGGGGUCCCCACUGCUGAUAGCCCCUCACCUGGGGACUUUGAUCUGUAGAAGGAAAAGCAAAAAGCCCAACAGGCUCCGGAGGAAGGGGAGCGCUGGGGUUUGUUGUUUUUUUCCCCCCUUCUUGGCCCCACAUUUCAGAUCCCAAGUGUGAAGGGCAUAGGUGGGCUCUGCAAAUUAAGCCCCUCAUGACUUUGCAGGGGUUUGGGUGUGGCAGUGGAGGAGACAGGGAAAGGAACCCCUUUGGAAAGUCAGGGAUGGGGAUGUGUGCAUGUGGAUGUGUGUGAGAGGGCGCGAGUGCAUGAGAGAGAGAGAAAACACACCUGCAUGCAAAGCCAAGUAACUGUAAAAAUGAUGCUACCUGUUUUCUGUUAACAUCUGAGGGUGUUCUGCUUUUUCAUGUAAACCUUGCACAUGCUGGCUCUCAUCUGCAGUUUGUACUUUUUGGUUUGUUUAGGAAUCAGGAAGUUUUCUUUUGUGUUUUUCUUUUUCUCUUUUGGAAAAGCUGAGCUGCAUAAAGUUGUAAUAAAUUAAAUGGGAUGCCAGAAAA